GGGCGUGUUGUGUUGUGGUGCCGCCGCCGCCGCCGCCGCCGCCGUCGUCGUCGCCGUCGUCGUGAGGGGGGAGAGGCCCGGGGCCGCGGCGAGGGGCGGGGGAAGAGAUUAUGUGAGCUCCUGCGUUAGCCUUCUAACGUCUUGCACUGAAUACCCAUGGUAUGUCUGAAGGACGGAUCUCUUGUGUGUUCUGAAUGUACCAGGUUGUCCUCAUGAGUACUCCAGUGGAGAAUGUCCAUGAUCUUCUUUGCCUGUGUGGUGCGGGUGAGGGAUGGACUUCCCCUCUCAGCCUCCACAGAUUUUCAUUUCAACCAGGACUUUCUGGAAUGCAGAAAGAGAUUAAAGGCGUUAUCCUCAGUUCUGGCGCAGUAUCCAAGUCGAGGCACGGUAAAAGGACGUGACCUUAGCAUACAUUUCCUUUCUUCUGGGGGUAUUGCCUGCAUGGCAAUCUGUUCCAGCAAUUACUCAACCAUCAUGGCGUUUUGCUUCCUGGAGGAGCUUCGGUGGGAAUUUGCUGCUUCCUACGACACAACAAGCAUCAGUUUAGCUUCCAGACCAUAUGCUUUUCUUGAAUUUGAUAAUGUUAUUCAGAAAGUAAAAUUCCAUUUUAACUGUGCGAGUGGCUCUCGAGCCAAGGCCAACUGGGAGAAGAUUGAGGAGGAGCUGAAGUUCUGGCCCCCGGUUCAGCUGAAGCUGGAGGAUACAGACCUGAUGAAUGGGAUGACUAACGGUGGGCAUGCAGGCGUUCAUGUGGAGGUUGUCCCUACCUACAGAAUGCAGCGUGUGACUCCCCUGGGGAUUCUGUCACUUGUUCUGAACAUCAUGUGUGGAGCUUUGAAUCUCAUUCGAGGAGUUCACCUAGCAGAGCAUUCAUUUCAGGAGGACCACGAAGGAAUUGGAAAUGUGAUAGCUUUUCUUCUACCUUUUCUAGCCUGUGUUUUCCAGUGUUACUUGUACCUCUUCUACAGCUCGGCGAGGAAGGUGAAGACGUUUAUACUCCUUUUCUCUGUUUGUUUAUGCAACGUUUACUUGUACGGAUUACGGAACCUCUGGCAAAUAGCCUUUCACAUAGGAGUGGCAUCUCUUUCUUCUUAUCAGAUACUGACAAGGCAGCUUAUGGAGAAACAGCCUGACUGCGGAGUAUGAAAGAGACUUUGGGUUUGCUCCUCUAUUUUUGCAACUUCUUUUGUAUUAAACUGGCCAAAAAGUAGGUUGGAGUGUUUUAAAAGAUUUGUGACAAUGGUUAUUACAAGGAGGAUAUUUCAAAGCAACUUGAAAUGACGUAGGAUACUGCAAUCAUGUCAAACAGACAGUGAGGAAUGUCGCUGUAUUUAACAUGGCAUGUGGUAAUUGUGCACGGUAGGUUUUGACAGGUGUCAUCAAGAGAUGGAGGUUCUCCUUACCAUAAACAGGCUUUUACUCCUUUACUAAUACCAUCUAGACAGCAUUUUGCCAUUUGUCUUACUGGCUUUGUAACAGUUUGGCAGGUCAAUGUCUUGCCCUGUCAGUGCUUCCGAAAAUAGUAAAAUUGUAUAGCAAAAUGAAGACAAAGUGGUGGGAAAUAUUUUUGUCUGUAGAAUUUCUUAAGCAUUAAGAUUCUUGGUAAAUGUAAGUAAAGGAGUUGUUUGCCAUAACUAGAUGAGUUCAAUAUGAAUGGGAAAAUUUGUUAGGAUGAGCUUCAGGGUAAUUUUUCUAGGUUUUGAGGGAAAGGAAAAAGCUGUGGCUCUCUUAAAAACCAUAAUGGCUAUAAAUAUCUCCUGGCUAAACAGCGCAUCGUAGUUAAGUAUGUGCUCAUUGGUUAAUUGCAAAUACACUUGGGGCAGCAUAAAAUAAACCAAGUGAAUAUAAGUGAUCUUUCAGCUCGAGUGGCCUUCAUUUCCUUGUUUAAGGUCACUCUUGGUAUAAGGGUAAUUCCGUGUUUCCUUGGUCUGUGCAGAUGAUAAAUCUUCCAAGCCUACUUACGACGGGCCGCUGACUCCUCCACCUUUUUUAAAGAAAAUGUAUAGCUGGUGAGUAGAAAGCCAUUUCCAGUAAUGGAAAGCAAGAGCAGGUUCUCUUUAUUAUAUAAAACACCUUUAGUUAAUGGUGUUGAGUUCUUACACUAAGAUGAAUUGUGCACUUUUGAGUAUAAUACUUCAGAGCUGGAAUUAUUAACCUCUGCUGCACUGGGUAUUCUUGUAUGUAAUGUAUUGAGGGGCACAUGGGCAUUUUAGAACAUAUAUGAAUAAUUUAGUCUGUCUGUUUGAAAAAAUGCAUAGCAUUUUGUUGGAGCUGUCCUUGAAGGGUUGUAGAGACUCAAACUGAGAAGAUGUAGAGAACCAUAGGUGUGUUGUUGUGGAAGCGCGGUUUAUCUUACGAAACUGUUUUCUGGUCGCCCCAUUUCUUCCACCAGACAUUUCUCACCAAAGAUUUAUUUUCCUCUCACCAAGUCUCUACCUCUAGUGGUUGCAAAGAGAUUAACGUGAUGCAGAGUUUGCAGAAACGCUUAACAAAAUUACUUUCUUGCAUCUCAAUGAAUUUUCCUGAAAUCUCAUGGUGCAAACACGAGUAUCAGUGGGCUGCUGCACCAGCAAGCUGUGGUGCUGCACCCUGGAAGCACUUCUGUGACGCAGCUGACUGCAGCAGUGGCAUCGACAGGUGACCCGUUACAGCUUGGAGAGUUUCCAGGAUAUCAAGAGUCUUAGUGCCAGAGCUUUUUCCAGGAGUAAAAUGUAGCUGUUUCUCUCCCACCCCAUGUUUAGCUCAUUUACUGUUAACAAUAACGUAACGAAAUCCUUUCAGCAGUGAGGACUAGUCUAGUAGGAAUGACCGAGGAAUAUUUUAGCCAGCCAGUUAAGAAAACAGCUAAAGAUGUGUGCCAUAAGGGGGGAAUACGCUUCUGUUAUAGGGGAGUGGAUUACAAUUGUUUGUCUGUCAUUACCCCAGUUUUCUGCCAGAGCUUAAGUGGAGAAAUGGCACCAGAAUUCAACACCCAGAUGACCCCACAGAUGCGGGGGUUUUAGUACUGACAAGGUUUAAGUUUUUGUGCUGUUCAGUCCCAGUUUUACUUGGUAAGGUACUCUUAGAGACUUGAGGGAGCUAAGCCCUGAGUUUGGAUUACAAAUUUAAAGAAAAAAAACUGGUUAAAGGAUGCCCCUAGAAAUCCGAUACUAGAAAUGUCAUACUUCAUUAAGGAUACGGGAUCUGAUGGUGAUUGUGUUUUCCAGGAGCAUAAGCUGGGUAUCAGCCCGCUGGGUUACCGUGGGGAAUCAUCCUGUGGGGAAACGAUGAAGCAUUUUAUACUACAGGCAGACAAAACUUUGUGGAAAGGACCUUAGUGGUAUGGCCCAACUCCCUGCUCCGACCCUUUUAGCCUCAGGCUGGGUAAAGAGCCCGAAAGAGCUUUACUGUUUCUCCGUAGGCUUGGCUAAAGCUAGCCUGCUAUAGCUUAAGGCACGCAGAGCCCUUACAGUGGGCGCAUGGGGCCAGCGAACCAUUCUCUGCUUUUUAUUCCUCAUCCUUGUAUCGAGCAGAUUGGAAGAAACAAGAAUGUUCCUGAUGCUUCCCGAGCAUCCGACUGGUUGCUUUGUCGUAAAACAAAUACAGCCCCUGCGCCAGGUGAUGUUAGCAACAGCUCUGCAGUAAGGGAGGUGGGGCGGGGGGGAGAGGUAGCUUGUGUAAUUAACAUACUUAAAGAUUAAACGUGAUAAAGAUUAAAUUCAGCUUUAAUAUUUUUCUUUUUCCUGAAAAUGUUUCGGGAGAAUCAAACAAAACGAGUUGGUUCGGUUCUGCCUUCAUGGAAACGUUUUUUCUUCCUUUGCUUUGGGGAUAUUAGAUGGAGGAUGCGAUGAGAUCUUUUCUACUAAACGGACAAAGCUCAGGUUUGCUGUUAGCCUUAAUCGCUUUGCAACCUUUCCCCCCCCCCUCCCCGUAAUGUGUGUAAACCAUGCGAAGGAAUCUACUCAGCUUAAUACACGUGCGUUGGCAUCUGUGCACUUGGUGGGUGUGGAUUGAUUCAGGGGUGAGGCAGAGCACGCGUAGUUUGACCUAUUUCUUGGUUUUUAAUGUUAGUAUUUUGAACAGCUUCCUUAUCUGGAUGGUAUUUCUACAGUUAAACUUUUUCUUCUGGUGAAGCAGCAAGAGGAAUAGAAUAGUUUACAUUGAACUCAGUGCUUUAAGAUUUAAUAAAAAAGAAUGACUUGCAGUUUGAGUACAUGAAAUCUGACUCAUAACGUGGGAUUAUGCCUGUGUUGAAUCAAAUCCCCAGCCAGGAAUCCAUCCCUUUUUGUUCGACUUUAAACUGUAUAAUGUAGUUUGAAUUGCAUCUCCCUAAUUCUGUCAGUUUUCAAGAUAAGUCUUUUGGAAACUCUUUUCCUCACCCAGCAGCUCAGCGUAAGAAAAUUGGCAAAGAAUAAACUUCAUUAAUUUAAAGAUUUGCAGUGCUUAGUCACUUUAUGAAGCUGAUCGUUUUCUGUGGGUUUUUGGUUUCUUUUUUUUCCUUCCUCCCAAAGACCUGUUAAGUUUAUAGAACUUAAAACUGGUGGGCUGGUACCUUUUUAGACAUUUUUGCACUGUAUUAAUAAUCGAACCUGUGUAAAUGUGUAUAAAAUCAUUUCGCAUGUGUAUGUAUAUAUGUACAUAUAUCUAAUAAAUGGCUUUUUUGUAA